ACCUAAGCCUUGGCACGGCUCACUGACCCUUCCCUCUGCUUCUCUGUUUCCCGCCGAGAGCUCACUGCUCACGUCAGUAGAGAUGAGGACCGCGUCGUCCCCCGUGCCCGCCGCCGUCCUCGCCGCCCCCUCCUCUGCCGCUGCCGUCGUAAAGCCGCCGCCUCGCGCCGCAGCACCGGCCGCGAAUGCCGCCGCCGUGAGCACCGGCAGGCGGGACGUGCUCGCCGGGACGGGCCUGGCGGCGGUGCUUCUGGCGCUGGGACCGGCGUGCGGCGCAGCGCGUGCGGCGGACGACGAGUACGUGAGCGAGACGAAGGAGGUGAUCGGGAAGGUGCGGUCGACGAUCAACAAGGACAAGUCGGACCCGGACGUGGCGGACGCGGUGGCGGAGCUACGGGAGCUGUCCAACUCGUGGGUGGCCAAGUACCGGCGGGAGAAGUCGCUGCUGGGGAGGCCUUCGUUCCGGGAGAUGUACUCGGCGCUCAACGCCGUGUCGGGCCACUACAUCAGCUUCGGCCCCACGGCGCCCAUCCCGGCCAAGCGCCGCGCCCGCAUCCUCGAGGAGAUGGACACCGCCGAGAAGGCGCUCCUCCGCGGCAGGUAGGCCUUCAAGAUCCCCAGCCAAGCCGGCCAUGGCGGCGAUCGAUCGCCGUGGUUAAACUUGUGGCGGGAACACGCGUGCCCCGGCUCAGCGAGUACCUCUUUUUUGUAACUACUACUGCGAUGUAUAUGCAUUCGUACGUGAUGCGAGCUGUCUGCACCGUGUUCCGCCCGGCUGGGAGUGUGUACUGUGAGUGAAAAAAAAAAGUCGGAUUCUGAGCUCUGAGUUCGUGAUUUUCAGCACACUUUGUGCAUUCAUCUUGUAAGACUUUUUGUAUCAGCUGCCUGGCUGACAUGGUGAGAAUACUCAUGGAUGGGAUUGGGACUUGUCCAUCGGCUGUCCCGGUAGCCGGCGGCCAUUCUCGGUUCUUGUUUGCGUUG